AUGGAGGAAGUUAACGAUGAUGUAAAACUGAAGACGAGAUUUCAUGGCCAGGUUUUGAUUUUAUAUGCUAAAAUUCCACUGAGGCUAGACACUUUUUUGGCCAAUUUGAGAGAGGCUUGUAAACAGCCGCAAAAUCAGCCGAUUACAGUUAAGUGGAUAGACGAGGAAGGUGAUCCAUGCACUAUCGGUUCACAAAGAGAAUUGGAUGAGGCUUUGCGGCUGCUUAAAGUGAAUGGGGAAGCCGAACUGAAUAUUCAUGUAUUCCUUGGCAUUCCAGCCCUUCCAGGGUUGCCGUGUAAUGGCGAAGACAAAACAGUCUAUAGACGAGGAGCUAGGCGUUGGAAGAAAUUUUAUCACGUAAACGGCCAUCGUUUUCAAGCGAAGAGGCUGAAUCGGCGUAUCCAGUGUUUUUAUUGUAAUGAUUACAUAUGGGGUCUUGGUCGACAAGGCUACCGUUGCGCUGAUUGUAAACUUUGUGUUCAUAAAAAAUGUCAUCGGUUUGUCCGGCAGCCUUGUGGAGAUGCCGUCCCUCCUUCGGUUAUGCCCUCACCUUCUGUUGCUUUAUUCCCAACUGCUCAUUAUAAUGGCGGCGAAAACACUCGUGCUGGCGUUGAGAACCACGGAUUUCAGGAGUCAGAAAUAGAGGCUGAAAACCUUCCAGAGAUCGCUGGUUCUUUUGCUGGAAAAGAAUAUCGUUCCGCGAUACCACCGGAACCAAAAAGGCAAACUGUUUCUCUUGAUGACUUUAAUCUUCUUACUGUUAUAGGCAGAGGCUCCUACGCAAAAGUAGUGCAAGCUGAACACAAAAAAACGAAGGCAAUUUAUGCAAUAAAAAUAAUAAAGAAACAGAUGUUCAAUGACGACGAGGACAUUGAUUGGGUUCAAACUGAGAAAUCGGUUUUUGAAACUGCCUCUAACCAUCCGUUCUUAGUUGGGCUCCAUUCUUGCUUCCAGACAGAUUCGCGUUUGUUUUUUGUUAUCGAAUUUGUUCCUGGUGGUGAUCUUAUGUUUCAUAUGCAGCGGCAAAGGAAGUUGCCAGAAGACCAUGCAAGAUUUUAUUCUGCUGAAAUAAUUCUUGCUCUACACUUUCUACACUCUUGUGGGAUUAUUUAUCGUGACUUAAAGUUGGAUAAUGUAUUAAUCGAUGCUCAAGGGCACAUAAAGCUUACAGAUUACGGUAUGUGCAAGGAAAACGUAGGACCGGGGGAUCUCACCAGCACCUUUUGCGGUACUCCUAAUUACAUUGCGCCAGAAAUCCUCCGUGGAGAAGAUUACGGGUUUAGCGUUGACUGGUGGGCGUUAGGAGUUCUGAUGUACGAAAUGAUGGCAGGCAGAUCACCAUUUGAUAUAGUUGGUAUGGCGGGAGAUGCUGAACAAAAUACAGAAGAUUAUCUGUUUCAAAUAAUUCUUGAGAAACAGAUAAGAAUACCUCGUUCACUAUCCGUUAAAGCUGCCACUGUUCUUAAAGGCUUCUUAAACAAGGCUAGGGUUCCUUGUCUUUUGAAAAUUGAAAGGUUAGGUUGCCGGAAAGAUAUUGAUGAAGCCCUCGACGAAAUGAAAAACCAUUCCUUUUUCAGAAGCUCGAUAGAUUGGGAACUGCUUGAAGCUCGUCAAGUAACUCCACCAUAUAGUCCUGCGGUGACAAGUGACCGCGAUUUACAGCAUUUCGACACCACUUUCACUGAUGAGGCUCCAAAUCUUACGCCUGAUGAUCCGGAUUCGAAUACAUAA